AUGUCUUCUCUCGACACGGCCAUCUCCUUCCCCCCUCAGUUGGAACUGGUGCAGAAGAAAGAGAGGCCCAAGCUAGCUAGCACUCGGAGCUCGGCUCAGAGCCACGACACUACUCACUUGUCCAGCUCAAACUUCAGCUGGGCAUUCCUCGACUCCCUUAUGUGCAUGUUCUUUCCUCCUUCACUUCUCCCUGGUGUUGUCGCCGUCAACCGUCGACUUGACAUCCCUGACCGAGUUACUCUGCUGCCUCGGACACUUGCUGCUCGACCACGAACCCUUUUGAUUCACUUGACGAUUGUGACUUCAGAGCCUUCACCAGCUGAUUCGGUUUCGCUCUUGCCAUCCCCCGCAUGCAAUGGAUAUGAAGUGUUCUUGAGUUUUUGUAGAGGCGAAGAGACUCCAGAAUCUUUCCCUUCCUGUCUCUAUUCAUCUCUGAGCAAAAAAGGAUAUUCUGUUUUCAAAGAUGAUAUAUCAAUUGAACUCUUGCAAAGUGUUCGAUGUCCUAAAAUUUUCAUCAUCAUCUUCUCUAAAGACUAUGCUAGUUCUCGAAUGUGCCUCGAGGAACUCACAAAAAUCAUGAAGUUUCGCAGCAUGCCAUAUGAUCAUGUAGUUCUUCCCAUAUUCUAUGACGUGAGUCAGUCUGAAAUUUGUAAUCAAGAAUCAAUUAAAGGUCGCAUACAAAAAGUUUCACCCACUGAAGAGGAGGUUUCAAGGUGGAGGAGAGCUCUUCGUGAAGCUGCGAGGAACGUUCCUGGGAUUCAUAUAUCUGAUUACAUCAAGUUUGGCUAUCUACAUGAUGAGUAUGUUAUGGAGGAUAUUAUCUAUUAUGCUGAUGAUUUUUUGAAGACAUUGGAUAAGGUGUUCCCUGUUGGAGUGGAUUCUCGUGCUCAGGAUGUGAUUUCAAUGCUUCAUAACCAUAAAUCAAAACGUGUUGUCUUCAUAGGCAUAUGGGGAAUGAGGGGUAUAGGCAAAACAACUAUUGCCAAAGCUGUCUUUAACCACAUUCAGUGCGCAUUUGAGAGUACAUGUUUUCUUCCAAAUGUUGGGGAACAAUCAGAGAGGAAAGUCGACCUUGUUUCAGUAAUAUGUAAAGCAACAGAUAUGAGAAUAAAGAGCACUGAAUCAAGAACCCUUGACUUGAAUGAAAGACCUUGCCAAAAGAAGGUACUUCUUGGGCUUGACGAUGUGAAUCAGUUGGAGCAACUAAAUACUUUAUGUGGAAGUCGUGAACAGUUUGGUGAAGGGAGUAUAAUCAUCAUUACAACGAGCGAUUUAUAUCUACUUAAUGCCUUUCAAGUGGAUGAUAUAUAUUGCAUGAAACUUUUAAGCGACGAAGAGUCUCUUCAACUUCUCAGUUGGCAUGCAUUUCAACAAGCAUACCCUAAAGGAGAAUUCAUCGAUGCUUGCAAAGAAGUGGUUGUUUAUGCUGAGGGACUACCACUGGCUCUCACUACAGACAUUGACUCUAUUUUGAAUGAGGAGGAAUUGGACCAACGGGAAUCCAUAUUGUGGAAUAUGAAUAGAGCUCUCCAUCCUGUUAUAUACAACAAACUAAGGCUUAGCUUUGACUAUUUAAAUGCUGAAGAGAAAGAAAUAUUUCUAAAUAUAGUUUUAUUCCAUAUUGGGAGGGACAUGGAUGAUGUGAUCCAAAAGCUGAAUGCCCAUGGAAGCAAUGCUCAUAUUAGGAUACGAGUCCUGGAGGAUCGAGGACUUGUAACCAUUGAUAACAACAAAUUUAGAAUGCAUAAUCUAUUGCAGGUCAUGGGAAGGCAAAUAGUCCGUGAGACUUCACAAAGUGAGCUUGAAGGUAGGUUAUGGUUUUGUAGGGAUGCUUUAUGUGCUUCAUGUAUUAUAUCAACGUGCCUGUAUCAAUGA